AUGUGUGUGGAGGAUGUAGAAAAGCUUGUGAAUGACCGACUUCGAGACUUGAAGACCGGCGGGAAUUUCGAAGAUGUACUACGUAAGGAGAUCGACCAGGCAAACUCCACACCUUUCACAGCCGAAAUCGAGCAGGCAGCUCCCUCGAAGCGAUUCUCAACUCCUUCAUUUACGCACUUCAAAGGGGAUUUCGAUCCCGAGAGCCACCUAAAACACUUUAAAAGUGUCAUGAUCCUCCACAAGGCCGAUGACGCGUUAAUGUGCAAGGUAUUCGUAGUGACCUUGCUAGGAGCAACCCAAGAUUGGUUCCACACCCUGCCAUCUGGGUCGAUCAACAGCUUCAAGGAGUUGGCUUACGUAUUCACCAAAGAGUACACCUCUUAUCGAACAAUCAAGAAAAAUCCUGACCACCUGUACAACCUGUAUAAGAAGUCUGACGAAUCCCUUCGAGAUUACAUCAAGAGAUUCAAAGCAGAAAAGGCCAACAUUGUAGGAUGCGAUGACCGAAUCGCGUCAUCUGCUUUCAAGAAAGGCCUUCCAGCUGAACACGACUUGUAUCACGAGCUGACUAUCACUCCCAGCCAGACUCUGGCAGAGCGGGCAGAUCAAAGAAGCGAUGGAUUUAGCAACAAGAACAAGGAUAAGCGCAGGUCACACCCACAAGGAGACGCUGUAAGAAGACCGCCACCCUUGAAAGGAGAUCCAGACAAGAGGGAUCCUAGCAAAUACUGUGCCUUCCAUAGGACACACGGGCACACUACCAACAACUGCCUCGCUUGGAAAGCACACCUUGAAGAACUUGUGAGAGAAGGUCACUGCACGGAGUUCGUCGCGAAGCAGACCAUCCAGCGAAUUGAAGAUCGAGACACCGUCAAGGAACCACCCCAGAAGGUCAUAAGGAUUAACACAAUCCUAGCCGACGCCAAGGAGUCAGGGCUGACCAGUAAGGAUAAGAAGAUGAAUAUCAAACAGGCCACUAUGAUCUUCCAAGUCUCGACUGGCCUUCUACCAGCAGAAGACGAUCCAAAAGAAAGAUCUGAUCGGCCUCGACAUGCCACAUAA